UUCGCUGGAAGGUUGGAUGACAUAUAUUUCUUUUUAUUUUUCUUUCUUUUAAUCGGGGUACAGGAGUUCUCUUCUCAACAAAAAAAACAUCCAAGGACUAAGGAUUUGAUGCCUCAAGAUUUUUGGUUUAGUGCACCAAGGAAAGGUAUCAUGGUCUUUGCUUUACCUGGGGAGCCAGGUCUGACAGAGUUGGCUGGUGACUUCAAAGUCCAUUUUCAUGACCGUCAAGGCGAUUUCUACUGUUGGUUGAAUACAACAAUGGUGGAAAACAGGAAGAUUUUGAACACAUCAGAUCUUGAUAGUUUUGACAAGAGGAAACUGCCUUCCCCUGGGUUCCAGGUCGAGGUUGUGUUGAUAGAUUAUGAUGGUACGGUCCCGACGAAGGUCAAUACGGAAACCGUCAGCAAGGAAUCAGAUAGAAGCUCAGGCACUGCUGCCGUGGCUGAUGGUCCUACUACUAGGCCUUCGGACCCAAGUAAAGGCUCUGCUAGCAAUGACAAGGAAGAUGUUUUCUCGGACAACGAAGCAGAGGAGGGCGGGUCUGUCAAGAGCCGACAAGCUCGAGAGGCAGCUGCUGGGAGAGGGACCACUGAUGCUGGUGGGAGACCUAAAACAGAGAAACCAAAGGAGGAAAUGGCGAGUGUAACUCAUGGCGUUGAACAAGUUUCUCUAAGAAGUGAAGGAGAGAAAGAGAACCCCAACACCAGUGAAAUGAAAAAUGAAGGCACUAGUGGGGCUGCCUCGUUUGAGGUCCCGAAAUCGGAUUUGUCGGGAGUGAGUGAAUUCAAGGCAAUCGCUGCAGAUGCUUCUGUUUUUACUUUCGGCGAUGAAGAAGAUUACGAAAGCGAAUGAGUGGGGGUGGCAUUGGCAUUUUAUGGUUGUCACAAUAUGUACAGAAGAUUUGUAAGAAAUUCAGAUUGAAAGAUCGUCAAAAGAAGUGAUGUGGGAGAUGUUUCUUCUUCAUGAUUGAGAAGAGAUUGAAAAUUCUAUUACAUUCUAUUUAUGACAGUUUUGCAUGUGGGCCAGGGCCACAGCUUCAACAUCGUUAUUUGAUGAGCUUUCCAGCUUCUUGUGCAGUAAUCUGCUUGCUGUUCGUUGCAGCCUUUGGAUAGGGAAGCUAGACCGUUCAAAUGGUGGGCCCCAUAUGGUACAAAGUUCUCUGGUUGAAUAAUCAUAGCUUUCUUCACAUUUGAAGGCCUGGAUUUAGUGUUGAGGAUUGUUUUCUACCACAGGUAAUUCGGAGUAAGACCCACCAGAUUAAUGGUCCGAUUCAGGGUGUCGAACUGCAAUGGUUCCCACUUCCCACCCAGUCUGAGUCAACUCAGACAAGUCUCAUGGGACUCGUACGAGUCUUAGAAGCUUGCAUAUUGGGGUCAUGCUACCAGGGGAAGAUAAGCAAUGGCCCCUCCUGUUUUAAUUCCAGCAUCACACAUCAGUGGGUCCUCGUCAGCGAUUUGGAUCCAGCAGAUUGUUUUCCUUUUCUCCAAAAUGUUGAUAUGAUCCUUCAGGGUGGGGAUAUGAACAGUACCUUGAUGUUUGAGGUGGACGAUCCUGGCUGUUGAUCUUCAUCUGUUGGGUCUUGCUGCGGAUGUAGGAUUCCUGAGGAAAAAGAAGAAAGAAAAAACCACAGAUUGAACAAUCCUAACCCUUCAGAUACUGACCUCCAAAUAUACGAAGAUAUAACUUUUUAAAUAAAGAAAGAAAAACAAAGAUAUGGAUAGGAGAUUCCAGUCUUUGAGAUUUUUUGGUCAUUGUUUAUCAAAAUGGAUUUCAAAUUGGCGAUCUGGAUCGCCAAGAUGUAGGAUCCACUUGUCGAAACUCAAGCCCUAUUGUGUAAAUGAACAUUAUAAUUUUCUCCUCCUGUGCGUUUGAUUUGAGGUCCUGGGCCCUCUCAUACGUGCGUUCAACGUGAAUGUGCGAAUGAGAUCCAAGCAUAUAAUCAGGUGGACCACCCAUACAAUUGAAAUGUACAGUUGGGAAAACUUGGAGUAACGACCCACAUUCAGCAUUCAUUCAUGACCCCAGCUGAUGAUCC